AUGGUUCCUCAGCUGGCCACGGCCGACACACUGGGCAAUAAAGAAUCCAACGCCAACUGGGCCAAAGAAUCUGCCCUUACUGCAAUCUGUCCCGACCCCAUCACCACCGCCCCCUCAAUGGAUAUUGCAAAUGUCACCACAUCAGAAAGUACCACAAAGUCAGAUGGCACGCUUGGCACUGACAAACCCACAAAUGGGAGUUCAGAGGAGGCUGUGGUGAGGGCGAACCAACAUCUGUUGAGUGAUGGAAAGGAUGCAAACGCUAACAUGACACUGACGUCACAACAAGCAGACAAUCACAGCAAUCACUGCACAGCGAAAGACACACAAGAGGUGAAAAUGCAAGAUUGUGUGAGCAAAAACGUCUCAAGUCAAAAUGGUAAUACAGAUACACGGAACACUGAUCUGGCGAUGACGCGUGACGACUCGAUCACAUCUCCGCCCAGGCAAAAUCUGGAAUCUCAGCUCCCAGCGAAAAGUGAAACCACAGUUCCACUCGAGGCUUCCUCUGACAAACCCGCCGCUAAAGCCUCACAAGUUGCCUCCUCUUUGCACACUUCCAUCACACCGAAGCAGACAGCAGUGAACGAGGGCUCGUUGGCAAAUUGUGACCGAAAGCACUACGUCGAAGCUUCCACAAUGACCUCAGAAGCUGCGGUCAUGGCUCCGAUUCAGCGCCAUGACAUGGAGGUACAAGCAGUGGCCCACACGUGCACUAGAGGCGUCAGCACCAGCCCGAGUUUGCUUCCCUAUGCCCCAAGACCGAGCAUGGAUGCCGGGGUGGGGACAAGCUCAAUUAUCGCAGCAACAAAUUCAGAUAAACUGACGAUCGAGGCGGAGUUGUGUCCACAGCAAGGCGGCGACCUCGGAGCAAAGCCCAAAAACGGUUCGGCGACUCAAUGCAACACCCAGCCGGUUUAUCAAAUCAACAUCGAGCACAGCAAGCACAAGGAAGAAGUCGUGAAUGCUGAAGUGCCCAGAUCUAAAUCGGAGGCGUCCCAAGAGAAAGUGAAGGCCAGUGUCCAGUCCAAAACUGCUGAUGCGAUUAAGUCUGAGGUGUCAACAAGUAAAGAGGCAAGCAAGGCGGUGAGCAAGGACAAGGGGCAGAGCGCAAAAAGUGACGAGGACGACAAGGAAAAAGACAAAAACGUCCAAGAUGUGAUUUGGGAUGAGCAAGGGAUGACGUGGGAGGUGUAUGGAGCGUCAGUGGAUCCAGAAUCACUGGGUUUUGCCAUCCAGAUUCACCUACAGUCGAAAAUCAAGGAGCAAGAGAGGAAACUUAUAGCACAAGCAUCUAUUAGAAAGUCAAUCUCGGACUCGCCGCAGCAAAAGAAGAGCAAGCGAAGGCAGGGCAAUUUUUUCAGGUCAAUGUUGCAAAAUGUCAGACGGCCCCACUGCUGCGCCCGCCCAAAUCCCACCUCGGUCCAGGACUAG